UUGACAGGCCAUUCGGCCAUUCCUCUUUGCCCAGCCCACUCUCAAAUUCUCUCUAUAUAUAUGAGAAAUGUCAAUCAUUCUCUCGCAAGAUUUAGCUUUAGAUUUCUUGUAUUUCUCUAUAGCUUUAGUGUAAUUAGAUUCAACAUUGUUUUCUUGGCAUUAACUUCACAUUCAGUAGCAUGGCUUGCUCUUCAAAGCAAUUCUGUUCAAUUUCCACGCUUUCUGACCAUUUCCAGCCCCAUUUCUUGGCUUCCAAACAUCAACUGAUCCAGCCAUUCCCUUCGAAUUUUGCUAAAAGGUGCAGCAAGCUUGGUGGUUCAGCUCAAAGGCCUCUAUACAUAUCAUCAUCAUCUUCUCUCCAGGGUUUUGGGUACUUUGAUGAGCCAAGAGAUGUGAAGCCAAGAGAAGCCUUAGGCCCCUGCAAGGCCUAUGAAGCCCAGAGAGUGCAGCCGAUUCAGAUCAACAUCGAGUUCGAUGACGAAACCCGGGAACUUGCAGCUCAGAAGCUCAAGAUUGGCGUCUAUUUUGCCAUGUGGUGGGCUUUGAAUGUGGUCUUCAACAUUUAUAACAAGAAGGUCCUCAAUGCCUUUCCAUUCCCAUGGCUCACUUCAACUCUUUCCCUGGCGGCUGGAUCCCUGAUGAUGCUGGUUUCUUGGGCCACCAGGAUCGCCGAAGCACCAAAGACUGAUCUCAACUUCUGGAAAGCUCUUCUUCCAGUAGCUGUGGCACACACAAUUGGGCAUGUGGCUGCAACAGUUAGCAUGUCAAAAGUUGCAGUCUCCUUCACUCACAUUAUCAAGAGUGGUGAGCCUGCUUUCAGUGUUCUGGUCUCCAGAUUUCUUCUGGGCGAGACUUUCCCCUUGCCGGUCUACCUCUCACUGCUGCCGAUCAUCGGAGGGUGUGCACUUGCCGCGGUCACUGAGCUCAACUUCAACCUAACCGGAUUCAUGGGGGCUAUGAUAUCAAACUUGGCUUUCGUGUUUCGGAACAUAUUCUCAAAGAGAGGGAUGAAGGGGAAAUCUGUGGGAGGGAUGAACUACUAUGCAUGCCUCUCAAUGAUGUCUCUUUUGAUCCUCACCCCAUUUGCAAUUGCUGUGGAAGGUCCGCAGCUCUGGGCAGCAGGCUGGGACAAAGCAGUAGCUCAAAUUGGACCCAAUUUCAUAUGGUGGGUGGCGGCUCAGAGUGUUUUCUAUCACCUGUACAACCAAGUCUCAUACAUGUCUCUGAACGAGAUCUCACCAUUAACAUUCAGCAUUGGCAACACCAUGAAGAGGAUUUCCGUAAUAGUAGCCUCCAUCAUCAUCUUCCAAACGCCUAUUCAACCCGUGAAUGCUCUUGGAGCUGCCAUUGCAAUCUUCGGAACCUUUCUCUAUUCACAGGCAAAGAAUUGAGAAAGUUGGAGGCAAUGAAUGGGCGAAUGUGGUGCAAGUUUGGAGAUGGGGAGGCAGAGAUCAACAACAGAGCAGCAGGCAUGUUGUUUGAGAGUAGUGGCAGUGAGUGAGAGGAAUGUUUGUUCAGGGGAAGAGAGCAACUAAUUAAUGUGAAUAGGGCAGCGGAAUGUUGUUGUUUACUUAACCUUGUCUUUUGUUUUUUGUGAUCCUAAUUGCUGUACUGUUUUUGAAAGAUCAAUGGAAGGAUAUAAUUAGUUCUUUUAA